GCCAGUCAUACGGAGCACCUUUGCUCGCCAGUUCAAGCUGGUUAGUACUUUAGGCUACUAUACAAAGAGGCUCUGUUUCGCAAGAGAGCCAGUCACCUUUUUGCAUUGUAUACACCUGAAAGUACUCCGAAAACGACUGAAUACUUCAGCGGUAAAUCACGUUUUUCGUUGGGUGCGCUAUGCUUCCAGCGGCGUACCAGCGACGGGCAGCUUGCACCAGCGGACUAAAGCGCGCGCCGGGCAGCUGCACCCUGCGCGCUGCGGUUCGCGUGGCCGCUGCAGCGCCUCAGCAGCAGCCAUCUAACAAGGGUUCGCCGCAGCAGCCAGGGUCAUCUCUUCCAUUUGAGGACCCAGAGGCCAAGUUCCGUCGCUAUGGCAAAUACUUCGGCGGUAUCCAUAAGCUUAACUUUGACUGGCUGGACUCCGUGCCGCGAGUGCGUGUUCGGACAAAGGAUUCCCGUCAGCUCGAUGAGCUGCUUGAGUUGGCUGUCCUGAACGAACGCCUUGCCGGUCGGCUCGAGCCCUGGCAAGCGCGUCAAAAGCUUGAGUACCUUCGUAAACGUCGGAAGAACUGGGAGCGCAUCUUUGAGUAUGUGACUAAGCAGGAUGCUGCCGCGACCCUGGCCAUGAUAGAGGAAGCAAACCGACAGGUGGAGGAAUCGCUGAGCGAAGAAGCGCGCGAGCGUACGGCGGUUGGAGAUCUGCGGGAGCAGCUAGAGGUGCUGCAGCUUCAAGUCCAAGAGGCGCAGGAGCGGCUCAAAAUGACUCAGGCGCGCGUGGAGCAGAACCUGAUGCGCGUCAACGACCUCAAAGCCGAAGCGACCCACUUGGAGCGCCUCCGUAACGCAGCAGACCGGGAGGAGCUCCUCGCUCGCCGCUCCUCCUCCUCCGCUGCCCCCACCGCCUCCUCCUCCUCCUCCCGCACCUCCACCUCCACCACCACAGCAGCUGCUACCGCCCAGCCCUCUGCCGCCACUGCUGCUCCUGUCGAGGCCCCGGCCACGGCCUCCAGCAGCUAUGCCGGCGUGGCAGCGGCGGUGGCGGCAGCCGAGCCCGCCACGGCAGCACCCGCACGUGGGCCCCCCCGGCGCGGCAAGGCAGCCAUUCGGCGGAGUCGCGGUCUGGAGAGCAGUUUGGAUUUUGAGCCGGGUCUGCGGAACUUUUGGUACCCCGUGGAGUUUACCAAGAACCUGACCAAGGACAAGCUGGUGCCCCUGGAGCUGUUCGACGAGCCCUGGGUGCUCUUCCGAGACGAGCGGGGACAGCCCGCCUGCAUCAAGGACGAGUGCGCGCACCGGGGAUGCCCGCUGUCGGUGGGGAAGGUUGAGAACGGCCAGAUCGUGUGCCCCUACCACGGCUGGGAGUUCAACGGCGACGGGCAGUGCACCAAGAUGCCCUCCAUGCGCCACUGCCGCGGGGUGGGCGUGUCGGCGCUGCCUUGCGCGGAGAAGGACGGCUUCAUCUGGGUGUGGCCGGGAGAGGGGCUGCCUGCGCAGACCCUGCCCGACUUUGCCCGGCUGCAAGACGGCUUCCAGCUGCACGCCGAGAUCUGCGUGGAGGUCCCCGUGGAACACGGCCUGCUGAUCGAGAACCUGCUCGACCUGGCGCACGCGCCCUUCACCCACACCACCACCUUUGCGCGCGGCUGGUCCGUCCCCGACAUGGUCAAAUUCCACGCCAACAAGGUCCUCAGCGGCUACUGGGACCCCUACCCCAUCAACAUGGCCUUCCAGCCGCCCUGCGUGACCAUCUCCAUGAUCGGCCUGGACAAACCCGGCAAGGUCGCUUCGGGGGCCUUUGCGGAGGAGUGCAAGACGCACCUGUUCCAGAUGCACGUGUGCCUGCCGGCGAAGCGCGGCCACACUCGGCUGUUGUACCGCAUGGCCCUGGACUUCAUGCCUUGGGUGAAGUACAUUCCGUUCAUUGACCGCGUGUGGAAGCAUGUGGCGGGGCAGGUGUUGGGCGAGGACUUGGUGUUGGUGGAGGGGCAGCAGGACAGGCUACUGAGGGGAGGGGAUACCUGGGCGAACCCCGCUCCGUACGACAAGCUUGCCGUACGGUACCGGCGGUGGCGCAACUCGGUGGAUGCGGAGGGGGUGGCGCUGGGAGGCGUGCCGCCCAGCAACCCGGUUGCGUUGACGGCGACCCGGAUGAUCCUGAUGGACGAGGAGGAGGAGAGCAUGGCGUGAGGAGGAGGGGUGAAGAGAAGAAACGAGGAGGGGUGAGGAGCGAGGGUGAUAGAUGUGAUUGGACCCUAUGGCUUAUGACGGGGUAGAGUAGGAGUUGGGAGGGCUUGGCUUAGGAAAGAGAAGAGCCGGGUGGGGUCAAUCAGGAUCAGCGUUCAAGUGAUGGAGCGCCGAAAGGUGAGAGAUGAAAGCGGAGAGCUGUGAAGGGGAGACCGAGGAUGCUAGAUGGAUAUAGGCGCUGAAACCCGAAGGAAAGAACCUUUCAUAAGCGGCUAAGCAAGUGUGUUCUUUGUCUGUUGAGCAGACGCAAUUUGUAGCACUAUGUGUGUGGUCAGUUUUGUAGCAAGGCUUUUUGACCAGUCAGGUAUCUACUAGCGAAGCGUGCAGUUUUAUCUGGUCUGGGGUGCAUGGGUGGCUGAGGAGGCAUUGCUUUGUUGCAGGAUUCAGGGCGGAGGACGGAAUGGAAGGGUGUGUGUUGUGCCGCUAUCUGGCGGCCUAAACGAGCGUCAGUUAACCGCACAGUGGCUUGUUAGCUGGAACCCGCACGUGCUUUCAUUCUCAAAAGUGCCUUGGGUUUCAUGGACUAGGAUGCUGCCGGUUUGGAUUCAACACAGAAGGACUGAAAAGCAUGCAUUAUGCCAUUGCAAUUUUAGCGCCUGGCUUAGGCUCUGGGAGGUUGUCUUCUGUGAGAGGAGCAGUGGGGCCUUCAUGCGCUUAGAUGACAUCAUUUGAGAGAGUUUUUGCACUGCGGAGUGAGGUUGUGUUGGAAAGUCGUGUUGGGGUGGGUGGGAGCUAGCGGGUUCAUGCAUGUGGGCCGCUCAGCUCCUCAGGUGGCGCUUGCUAGUGCUUCAAAUUAUCCAGAUGGCAUAGUGUUGACAGGUGUUGGACCCAUGGGUCAGUUUGCGCACCCCACGGGGCUGGGAAGAACGUCAAGGCUGGAGCUGCUGUUCAAGCCGUACCACGGUCACCGCUUCCGUACAGCAAGAAGCUUGAAGCUGAAGGACUGCGUUGGUAGUGUUGUCCUGGUGCCGUGUCGUGGUUGAUGUGGGUAGAUGGUGGGUUGCGGUAGGUAGGUUGCGGAUGGUUGCAUAGAAGACGGUACGGUAGCCUAAGGGGGGUGUACGAUCGUCAUGCUUUCCCUUGAAGGCACUCAAAAGCUGCAUUGCUUCGCCAGUCUCACGCAGCUGUUGUUAAGUCAUGGUGUUAAGGAAUUGGAUGGAGUCAUCUGUAGUUCCCGUUAGUGAGGGUUUGAGGAUCUGUCGUUGCUUGUCUGGCUCAGCGUGGGUGAACAACGAACAUCCAAUCCCGCCUGUACUGGUCUUCAUCUGUUUGUCACUAGCAGGGCUUUUGGUCAAAAGUAUCCUUGCUUGCUAUGCAACCAUCUUGGAUAAAUGCGGGCUCAUGCAAUGGGCCCACGCAUGUUAACUGCAUAGGAAUUGGAUCUCACCAUGUUAGUUGUCAGGAAGACCCUUAAUCCCUUCCAGGUAUCAGUAUGGGGUUUCUGAACCUCCAAUGUAACACUUAUUGACACACGGGCAUC